UUUGCACGAAGCGGCCGCACAGUUUUAGCAUUUCCGUCACGGCCCGCUUCGAGGUGCAACGCACCCGGAAGUCUUUUCGGGAAGUGGCAAGAACCGGGGCCCCGUCGUCUGUCCCGGCCACUCUCUCCACGUCCCGCGGAGCAGAAAGGGCCACCGACGCAAGAGCCCCCUCCAUUUUCCCAACUUGAAUUGUGGGCGGGAACUCUGGGAGCGGAAGAGCGGGUUCCCCUGGAGGAAAGAGCAUACGUCCGGCCGGAAACUCGGCCUGCAGCAGCAGCGUUCCGCCUGAGGCUCCGCGGGCAAGUCGAGGGAUUCAGUGGCUGCGGCGAUGGGGGCGGUGGGCGUAGGGCUGGUGGACUGUCACUGCCACCUCUCCGCCCCGGACUUUGACCGCGAUCUGGAUGAUGUGUUGGAGAAAGCCAAGAAAGCCAAUGUUAUGGCUCUUGUGGUGGUUGCUGAACAUUCAGGAGAAUUUGAAAAGAUUAUGCAGCUUUCAGAAAGGUAUAAUGGAUUUGUUCUGCCAUGCUUGGGUGUUCACCCAGUUCAGGGAGUUUCACCAAAAGACCAAAGAAGUGUCACGUUAAAGGAUUUGGAUGUAGCUUUGCCCAUUAUCGAGAAUUAUAAGGAUCGAUUGUUGGCAAUUGGAGAGGUUGGACUAGAUUUCUCCCCUAGAAUUGCUGGCACUGAUGAACAGAAGGAAGAGCAAAGACAAGUCCUAAUCAGACAGGUCCAAUUAGCCAAAAGACUAAAUUUGCCUUUAAAUGUUCACUCACGUUCAGCUGGAAGACCCACCAUCAGCCUCUUAAAUGAGCAAGGUGCUGACAAAGUGUUGCUGCAUGCAUUUGAUGGUCGGCCAUCUGUAGCCAUGGAAGGAGUAAAAGCUGGGUACUUCUUCUCAAUUCCUCCUUCUAUCAUAAGAAGUGGACAGAAGCAGAAACUUGUUAAACAGUUGCCUUUAACUUCGAUUUGCUUGGAAACAGAUUCACCUGCGCUAGGGCCAGAAAAAAAGCUUGCAGGAUCUUAGUUCUCUGACCAGGGAUCGAACCCGUGACCCCUGUAGUGGAAGUGCGGAGUCCUAACCAUUGGACCAUCAGGGAAUUCCCUAAACCUGUGAGUUUGAAUUGGUUGAAUGAAAGAGGUUGGGGGUGGAGGAUCAAGGGAGGCCUCAGGGUUUGGGGAGUAAAAAGGGAGUUCAGCAAGGGAAGAGGAAAAGAAGGAGGGAGAUGGGGGGAAGUGUGGAGGACAGACUUGAGGAGCUGGAGGGGGUGACAGAAGAGUUACCAGUCUUUUGUAACUGAGAAAUCUUUUUCAGAAAGUUUAGAAUUUGUGUCUUGGAAGGAACCGAUUUGGGGAUCAAAGAAUUGUAAUUCAGGUCACAUAGAUUCUGAUAGCAACCUAAACAGCGUCCUGCUGGGGAGUAAAAGUCAGGAGCUUUUAAAGGCAAAGACGGGAGAUUUGUAUUACAAAGAAUUUUAAUUGUAGUUGGAGGCAGAAGCUAGUGUUGACUAAACAGGUUUGAUAAGGCUAACACUAAAGGGAGGGGAAAGUCCGGUCCAUAACUGUGACAAGUUUCAGGUGUUCUUGCAGAGUCCUUGGAAUAUUUGUGGUUUGGCCCAAUUCAGAAGUCCAUGGUUCCAUCCGUGUGUGAGGUUCACCUCCUUAAUGGGUUCCUGGCUCCAUUUUAAAACCCCUUGACAUAAGUGAAUCUAUUUUAUUUCACAUUUCACCAAACCUUACCAAGGUCUUACUUCAUUCCCACUCUAAGGUUAUAGGAUACAACACUAGGCAUGCACAAUUGUGGCCAACUAUGUAAAAUUAAAUUUAAACUGUGUUUAGUUACAUUUCAGAAGGACAGAGGCAUGAUUUAAUGUGUAAUAUAGAUUAAAAUUUUACAAUAAUGGAGCAGGCUAUCUUCCUAAUGUUAGUCACUGCCAUCUAAAAGCAUUUACCAAGUUACGUGCAAGUGAUUCCAUACAGCAUGAACUGCCAAGUAAAAAGCCUUUUUAAGUACUGAGGGAGUUAUAAAAUAAGAUACUAUAUAAUACAGUCCCUGGCUUUAGCAAGCUCAAAUCCAGAAAAGGGAUAAAAUAUGCAAAGGGAAGCUAAGUAACAUUGCCAGGAAGAGUUCGGCUAGUGGCUCUAAUAGUGCUACGAGGUCAGAAGAGAGAGAAGUCUGUAGGGGCUCCAGUCAUGGAGAAAGACUAAGGAAGGAGGUGGGAGCUGAGCUGACUUGGACCCUAAAGGAUGGGUAGUUAGGCCUAACUGAGAGAAUAUGGAGAGCAAAUCUUAGCAGAUCAUGAGUUCGAUUGCAUGAUAAACAUGCACAUGGCAUCCUGGCUGCACUGCGAGGAUUAAUGUGGUGUGAUUUAUUUUCUGCUCUGCCAGUCCUCCUCUGCUCUAGUUAUUGUCUCCACUCUACACUCAGCCAUGCCCAGCUCCUUCACCACUCCUGACCAAAGGGGCACUGUCUUAGCGACCUCACUCUCCCAAGCCUGGACAUGAGGAAUUUGACUUGUUAUGGUAGUGUGAAAGAAUUGCAAUCCAAAAUAGAACUGGAGGAGAUAAAAUGGAGAAUCUUUCGCGUGUGCCCUCAGGAAGACAAAAUUAAGGACUAAGAGACUGAUUUCCCGUAAAUGACUGAUUUAUCAAAAACUGAUAGUGUGGGAAUUUUCUCAGAUGAUGGGGUUGGAUCCGGAGAUUGUCUCCUAUUGACCUUGGUAAGUUUAGCCAGAGGCAGGUAAGGAAGAGGACCCAGAUGGUAUUGGUCUCACAAAGUGGACUGAACUGAGCUUUGUUUGCAUGACUUGUUGGCCUGAAACAAAUAGACUGCUAGAUAUUUUUCCAGCAAAGGUGGGAUUAUUCAGAUCAGUAGAGAAUCGCAAUUCAGGGUCUGCAACCAUGGCGAGCCACAUGCAAGUUCCCUGUACAGUAAGGAAAGGAGAAUGCUUUUAUUGAGGGGAGAAAGAAGUUGGGAGGGCUAUAGUAGACAAAGAGUCCGUGGCUUUUCAUUGGCUGAGUCCUUUUCAGGAAAGGAGUCUUUCUUCUUCCUGUUGCGUUCUGCUGUUGCUGCAGGGUGUGAGAGCGCCCCCUGCUGGUCUCCCAACUCUAUUUAAUUGCGGUUUCUGUUUAUUAAUUUUUUUGCUUAUAAGAAAAUGAAGAAAUCAUAAUAUUUUUGGUAAUGUUUUUGUAAUCGUAAUAAUCAGUAUGAAUUUUGUUAGUUUAAAUAUAUGAAUGGCUAAGAGACCCUGAUAUAUUAGAGAAUCUGACUUACUAGACUUGUGAUUUUAAUUUAUGUUUAAUUGCUAUUCCACUUGUAGUUUUUUUUGUCCUUUUGUUUGUUUGUUUACGUAUUUAUUUUUGGCUGAUCCGCACAGCAUGCAGGAUCUUAGUUCCCUGACCAGGAAUCAAAUCUGUGCCCCCUGCAGUGGAAGCAUGGAGUCUUAAACACUGGACUGCCAGCAAAGUCCCCCAUUUGUAGUAUAUAUAUAUAUUUUUUUGGUGGUACACGGGCCUCUCACUGCUGCGGCCCCUCCCGUUGCAGAGCACAGGCUCCAGACGCGCAGGCUCAGCGGCCACGGCCCACGGAGCCAGCCGCUCCGCGACACGCGGGAUCCUCCCGGACCAGAGCACGAACCCGUAUCCCCUGCAUCGGCAGGCGGACUCCCAACCACUGCGCCACCGGGGAAGCCUCACUUGUAGUAUUUUUAUUGGAAAGCUCUGUAUAGGGAAAACUCUUCCUCCCAUGUGUUUCUUCUUUACUCUGACACUACUAUCACACUGACAACGCUUCCGACACCAGAUGUGUGGGAUUUUUUUCCAUGUCAAGCAAUUCUGUGACACCCUCUGAGUGUCCAACAAUUCAACUCAAUUUUGACACUGUCUACCUGGAGAUAGCAUCAGAUCCCACAGGUAAAGAUCUCAGUCCCACAAAACUGCUCCUCUCCCCACUUCGGAUGACAAAUAAAUGCAAGUCCAGGUUGUCGCCUGUGCUUCUGACUAAUUGAUUGACUCUAAAUCAAGGUUCCCAUGAUCCCAUCCUUGGUUUCGAUUAAUUUGCUGGAGCAGCUCACAGAACUGAGGAAAGCAGUUUACUUACUGUUUACUGGUUUAUUAUAAAAGGGUAAGAUGAACAUCAAGAUGGAAGAGAUGCAGAGGGCAAGGUAUGUGGGAAAUGAUGUGGAGCUUCCAUGUUUUCUCCAGAAGCACUACUCUUCCAUACCUGCAGGUGUUCGCUGGGUGUUAGAGAAACUCGCCUAAUCCAGUACUUUUGGGAUUUUUAUGGAUGCUUCAUCAUGUAGGCAUGAUUGAUCAUUAAUUUCAUUUCCAGCCCCUCUUUCCUCUCUGGAGAAUGGGAAGUGAGACUGAAAAGUCCAAGCUUCUAAUCAUGGCUUGGUCUUUCUGGUGGCCAGUCCCCAUCCAGCAGCCCACCAAGAGUACCUCAUUAAAAGUGACUAAUGAUACUGCUAUCACCCGGGAAAUUCCAAGGGAUUUAUCAACUCUGUGUUAGGAACUAGAAAGACCAAAUAUUAAAACAAAAGAUGCUCCUAGUGCUCUUAUCAACUAGGAAAUUACAAGGGUUUUAGGAGAUCUGUGCCAGGAAUGGGGUGAGGGGCGGUGACAGAGACCGAUAUAUAUAUAUAUAUUUCUAUUAUCUCACAGCUGUAAAAGAGUUUCUUUGCAAACAGUAUUUCACUGUUUAAGAAAAUCUGUUUUAAUCAAAAAUUUUGGACUUAUUAAGUUUGUAAGUAGUGUUUAAAAUACUUCGGAUGAUUUGUUUUGUUAGAUUUUUAGCAGUGGUGCAUUGGUAGAUGUAGCAUUUGCCAGUUUCACUGUGUACAUAUUCCCAUUAUGGUCAAUUUCAUGCUACCUACAUGAUGUCACUGAAGCUGAGAUUGAAAUUAACAACUUUAAUAAAUUUUGUAUUGAUUUAAACACAAGUAACCAUGUUUUCUUUUGUUUUCCUGAGCACAAAACGCUCCCUUAACAUUAAAAAACAAACAAAAUAAGCUCAAAUGACUAUGGCUGGGGAUAGGGGAGCCAUCAGGGGUAAAUGUGUGAAUGGAAAUCUCUUCUUUAAAUUUGUUGUUAUGAA